AUGGAGCUAAGCUCAGAUAUCAUUGAAAUUCAUGACUCACCAGGCAUUGGCAGCUUUUUAGACCUGAGAACUGUAAAUUUAAAACAAAUCCGAGGGCUAGGACCUCCAGAUUUAUUAUAUGUUGUAUGAGAAAUAAAGCAAACUGGAAUUAGAAAAUUUUUAUCAAAACCAAUUAAUAGAGGAUUAUUUCACUUCGUAUAUGGCCUCAAUAUGAGCUCGACUACCAACAUUGUGGAUUAUUUAAAAAGCUAUAUGUCUUCUAAGCUGAAAAAUAAAGGAAAAGUUCUUGUUGCUUAUUUCUGUGCUUUUGAUUUGUUUUCGAAAUUUGAUCUGAGAGUAGAAAUUAAUCAGAAUUUCGAAUUAAAGUAUUAUUUAGUAAAUUCUAAUAAUAACAGAAUUCAAGCCGGAAACGUCCAUUGACAAGGUGUUCACGUAAGUUCUGUUUUGCGCUAUUUUUAUGCAGAGCCAGUUAUAGGCGCAAGAUUACUAGACGGCCCAUCUCAGCCUUUGCAGUUUCAAUCGUUUAUUGAAUCUGCCAUGACUUUUUGAGACAGGCUUGGUUUUGUGCUUGGAGAUUUAAACGACAAAAUUCGUUAUGGUGAAAAUUUAUUAUUCUCAAUUAGCAGCAAAUUUUUACUCCGUCGCAAAAGGUUCCAAACCCAUGCAGCAAUUUUCAAAAAACUGUCAGCAACUGACCCACUAAUGCUGAAUUACCUUGGAAAAGCUUAUAUAAUGACUGGCAAAUACCAAGAAGUUAUAGACUCUACAACCUCUCAGUUAUCAGUUUCUCCUUAUUCUUUUUCUUUAUAUUAUACCCAAGCAUUGGCAUAUUAUCAUUUAAAAGACUAUCCCCAAGCCAGAAGAAUUUGCCAAUAUUUAAUUGAAUUGAAUUUAGAAACUUUUUGUUUCUGAGAAUUGCUAACUUGAUGCUACUUAAAAGAAAAGAAAUAUGCUUCUGUGUUAUUAACUUUAAACUGUUUUCCAGCUUAUGAGUCUCUUAAUGAUGAUACAAAGUAUGAUUUUAGAGAAGAAGACGUAAUUAUUCCGCCAAAAAUCCCUAUGAGCUGUGUGGGGAAUAUUUGAGUUAAACCGGAAAUUCAUGAUUUUAGGCCAUUUCAGGAGAGAGCCAAGUCGAAAAAAGACCAAGACACUUUAAAAAAAUUACUGGCUUUACCGUCUAAUAAAUUAAGCCACUGUGGAAGAAGAAUGUUUUCGAUUAUAGCAAGUAUGGAAAAAGAAAUGGAGUGAGAAAAUUUGCAGAAAUUGAAAAAUAAUUUGUUUAUCCAAAACCAAGAAAAAAAUGAGGAUGAAGAGUCAAAGCUUAAUAUAAGCCAGGAUUAUGGUCUAAAUGACAGUCAGAAUCAGUCUAUAGCAAAGAAACGUUUUUCUUUCUAUGGCUCUGACUCCAUUGCAAUAGAUUCACAAGGACAAGAUAUUGACGAAUCAAAUGAGCCAAGACCUGACGUUACACCCAGGGACUAUUUUUUCUCAACACCAACAGAUCAUAGACUAAGCCACUUAAUGCACCCUUCAUUUAGAUGUAUAGCACGAAAUUUAGACGAUCUUUUUAAAUGCCUUGUAAAUGAUUUAAAAGCCAUUUACGACUGACAAAAACAAGCUACCGAGAUUGAUCUAAAGCAAGACCUCAAUAAAAGUAAAAUCUAUUUAGACGUUAAAGUUCCUUUUGGAGGAGAAAUUUGAGUCAGAAGAGGAGCUCUCGCAGAAAGACUUAAAAGGCCAAAACUGGCUGAAAAAGCUUAUAGAUAUGCAGUUGACAGUGGAUUUUCUAUGUUUGCCUGGCACAGACUGAUGAAAAUUUAUGUCCGCUCAGGAAAUCCAAAAGCAGUUCUUGUAUGUAUGGUCGAAGUGCUGAAGCAACUGGGAGAGUCUGAAUAUGAAAUUGAUAUGAGAAAUUUGCCUCCGUGAAUGGAAGUGGUUUUAGCUGAAAUGUGCAGUGAAUGCGGAUUUAAGCAGCUGCACUCAAUUGCUGUUGAGUUAAAUGCAAGCACUUUCCCAUGUUUAAUGGCUUCUAUUGAUGCCCUGAGGCUGUGGAAAGCUGAUGGCACAACCAAUAGAGUUUAA